GGAGCACACUGGACCCCAGCACUCACAGGAAGGAUUCACGUGGGGACGCUCAGCACCUGCAAGACAGAUGGAAAAUGGAACUUUCUCAUCCCAUUUUCACCUGUCUGUGUUCCAGGACUACGGGCACCUGAAAUAUGUUUUCUUUGUCUUAACGAUCACACUGUACUUUGUAAUCAUAUUAUUCAAUGUCAUUAUCGUUGUAGUUACAAUCAGAAACAGAACACUGCACCAGCCCAUGUACAUCUUUAUUUCUUGCCUGUCAAUGAAUUCCCUGUUUGGCACUUUGGGAUUCUAUCCAAGGCUCUUUUUUGAUCUACUUUCUGUCAUUCAUACAAUAUCUCAUCCCGCGUGUUUAAUUCAAAUUUUUGUCAUUUACACCUACGCUAUGUGUGAAUUCACCAUUUUAACUGUAAUGGCAUAUGACAGGCAUAUUGCAAUCUGUGACCCCUUGAAGUACAACAGUAUAAUGACUUUAAAGGUCACUGGCACAUUGGUGGGGAUUGCCACCAUAUACCCCAUUAUUUGUAUGUGUGUAGUUGUUUCACUCACUGGCAGAUUACCAAUGUGCGGCAACAAAAUAGCACGAGUGUACUGUGCAAACUGGUCGGUCGUCAGGCUAUCUUGCAUCGCCACAACGCUUAACAACAUUGUAGGCUUUUUCAUCACCGUAACUACAGUUUUUAUACCAUUGGGUUUUGUAUUAUAUUCGUACAUGAAAAUUUUAGCUGUCUGUUAUAAAAGCUCAAAGGAAUUCAGGAAAAAAGCACUGCAAACAUGUCUCCCUCACAUAGUGACAUUUGUCAAUUACUCAAUAACUAUGUUUUGUGAGAUCAUCAUAAGUCGAUUUGAACUUGGGAAUGAACUGCAGAUACUGGCGAUCCUUUUAUCAUUAGAAUUUCUCAUCAUUCCCCCGGUUUUGAAUCCCCUCAUUUAUGGUCUUAAUUUGCCAGACAUAAGAAAGAGAAUUAUUAAUUUAUUUCAAAAGAAAGUCAUUACACUGACUUAAUAUUUACAGCAGGAGAAGCAAUGAAUAAGACACAAUGCACAUAUUAGCCAUUCCUUAGGUGCAACCUGGGCUACACCACAGUGUUACCUUUUAGAUUUUGUCCAUGAAAUUGCUCAUUUGCUUCCAUUACAACAUACAACUAUCCAAUUGUCAUCUAUUUUAUAAGGCUGAGUCUUUACUGUACCUGUACACGUUUUUUUUUUUUUUUUUGUGCCAUUUUUGUGUAAUGAAAAAGAAACAUUUCCCCAGUAGUUAUUGCUAUGUGAGGUGUCAUUUAUGGGGAAUGUUUAUUUGCUUUUGUACAUUACUUGCGAAUAUCUUGCAGAGAGCAGAAUGUUGCUUUGACACUGCAUUUAUUCAUAUGACUGAAUAAAAAGAGAAGCGCACCCCUCAUAUUAAUCUUCUUGAUCUGUCACACCCACACACAGGUAGCCAUCGAUGACCAAUACCCCAGGACCAGACUCCAGGAACUCUAAACAUAUGCAACAGCAACAUCAGGUCCAAUAAAUUUAUUUACCAACGUACACGCAGGGAGAGCAUCUCAAGGCACAGUCCAAAAGAACUGAGAAAAGCUUACUGACACAUUCACCUUCAUGGCCCAACCGUUUGGCUGAAACAUCAUAUGUGAGAUUAUGUGAGAUUACUGCCCUAUACACUGACAAUUACACUACUCCUUGGGCAGUGAACCCUGCCGAAUACCUCAUCACCUCUCUACCCUUCCCGAUGUCCAGUUAGAUGCCUGCUAGUAUGCCACAAGGUAGCUUGCUGUCAUUGCUGUGAAGCAGUGGUGCAUUGGAUCCCAAACAAUUUAUAAAGAACAGAUACAGUGUGUGCAAUCAAGACAUUCCAGUUCGGUCCUGUACGACUCCACCAGGCCGAUUUUCCAUCCCCCAGCGACAGUAGGCCUAUUAUAAUCCACCCAGGCCUCACACUCACACCAGAAGGCCUGAGUUAGCCCAGCUGCCUGAGAGCCAACACGCCACAUCAACACCUAAGCAUUUGUACACGGUGAUCACAGGGGCCUUGAUGGGACAGAUGAAUUUUCAAAUAGCAGUAACAGUUCAGUCUAAUUCAUAGGAAUA